CUUUCGCCGCAUUUCGUUGACAUCUUUAGUUUCCUGCGUUUUCGCCGUGUUGAUGUGAAAAAUAAAUAUUAGUGGAAAACUCGUGUUUUCUACCAUUAUAUUUGGUGUUUGAGUAUGUUUUAGAGUUGUUCUCCAUCCAAGUAGAAUCAAAAAGUGUUGUGCGUGUGGAAUCUUGGUGAUUUUGCGGUGGAAAAGUGCGCAACAAGAUGUCCUCAUUCACGGAAUCUGCUCUCGUGAAAAAACUCACUGAGCUCAAUCCCAGCCAGCAGAGUAUCCAGACUCUGUCCCUUUGGCUCAUCCACCACCGCAAGCAUCAUGCCGUGAUCGUGAAGACGUGGCUGAGGGAGUUGCAGAGGGCUCCCGGACACAAGAAACUGACCUUCAUGUACUUGGCCAAUGAUGUGAUUCAGAAUAGCAAGAAAAAGGGUCCAGAGUAUGGGACAGAGUUUGCAAAAUCCCUAGAACAGGCUUUUAGGCACGUUGCAGAAACGUGCACGAAAGAGAGCAAGACUAUUAGUAGCCUGGACAGAAUCCUUAGUAUUUGGUUGGAACGGGGAGUUUAUGGAGCUGAGGCCAUUCAGAGCUACCAGACAGCACUGCACACAGUGCCAGAGCCCGCGGAGGAGCCCAGUAAGAAGAAGCGCAAGCACGAGGAGCACGCAAAAGCUUCUAAGCGCUCCAAAGCGUCAUCCUCAGAGAAACCAAAGGAGCAUGUGAAGAGUGAGACUGUCGAGGUGAAUGGCACGGUGGAGACACACGUGACCUUGAGCCCACACACUCCAGUUGGGGAUCCUCCGGAGCCAGAGGAGCUCAUUAAGGCUCUGAUUGAGAUUGAAAAUUCAGCGUCCAGCGAUGCUGCUGUACGCGAGAGAAUCGCCAAUCUACCCGUGGAGCUCUCAGAGGUGUCCAUGCUGAGCAAAAUUGAGGACAAGGAGGCUGCCCACAAACUCUCCCGCGAGGUCAAUGAGGCCCUCAAUCUGCUCAAUGAGUACAAUGCGAGACUGUGCACCGAGAUGGAGGACAGGAAGAAGCUGCAGAAUAUGCUGAAGGACUUCCAGCAGGAACAGCGAGAGUUGCUGGCACAAGCAGAAAGUCGACUAGAGGAGUACACAAAGAAAGUGACAAAGAUGAAGGAGGUGCAGAAGGAGAUUAGGAACCAUCUGAAAAAUCUACCAGAUCUCACUCAAUUGCCUGACGUCACUGGCGGUUUGGCUCCUCUUCCUUCCGCCGGUGACCUCUUCAACAUCCACUAAACUAUGAGUUGUACUCUCAAGGAAAGAUGAAAAAAAGAAAGUUGUUAAAGAUUUGCUACAUCGCGGAGAACAAAUAAAAAAGAAAUUAUAUGAUUUGAUAAGACGCUUCUAAUUUGAACUAGAUCAAGGGGACACUAAUUGUAAUCAUUGCAAGAGAUUGUAGUGAAUAUACAAAAGGAAUAUUGUUAACUAUUAUUUUUGAAAAUCCCUUUUCCCCGACAUUGCUAAACAUUUCCUCUCAGUUUAGAUGUGAAUUUUUCAUUGUGUGAAAAUAAAUCACGUGUGAACACACAAAAAAUUGUAAUAUUGAUCAAAGGUUUUUGCUGUAAGAGGGAGUUUAAAAAACACUGGAUACAAUUGUAGGGAGUCAGAAAAACAAAUGAAUAAAUAGUUUCUAAAUAUU